AGAUGAAUCGCUGAUUAAUUCCUAUCAAGCACCUAAUCCACAGCGCAUCGGAGAAAUGAAAUACAACUGCUUCCGAGGCAGUUUCUUAUACACAUCUGGUUUUGAGAAACCCAGCAUCCUGACAGCAGAAUGGACAAACAAGUUCAAAUGCGCGCUUUACAGCAGCGCUUAAUCGACUAAUGAAAACCUGCCAUUGCCAGCACCCAGCAGCACCCAGGACUAGCGCUGCAGCUGACUGACAUGAGCAGCCGUGUCUCAUGAAACCAAAGCCGCGGCGUUGUGCUAGAUUUAGUCCGCACAGAACUCGAAACGGGGUCCAUGUGACCCUCCUUUACAGACAACCAGCCCUGUUGAACAAAGGGCACGACUAGCAGUUGAACGUUCCCGUCUAUACUGCUGAGCCCGAGUCUCAUAUCAGUCGCACAGCAGCAGCAGAAGAGGCCAAUAAAGAUGUCGGAAGGGGCUUCUAAGAUAUGUGGACCCAUCCCGCCAGACCCAUCGCUGUUCCCGGAGUGUUACAAACGCCCCAUGUCUGCUCGAGGCAGGCUAGAGGGACAUUCCCUGAAGCUAGAUUUCCUCUCCGGGCCCCUGGCCCCGGACCCCACUCUGUACCCCACCUGCUACAGUGCCCGGCCAGCGCCCCCUCCCCGCGUGCGCCCCAACGCCACGGAAAUCCUGGAGAGAGGUCAGAGGGGCACCGUGGGGAGACUGCUGCAGCUCCAGGGGGUCUCCCUGCGACUUGACCCCCCGCCACCAAAGAAGGAGCCACGGAACCACGAGAAGGAGAACGUGAGGCGCCUGCGUGAGAUCCAGCGCCGGUGCCGGGAGAAGGAGCAGGAGCGCGAGGGCGCCCGACCCAAACCCGUGAAAGCGCUCUGGAAGUCUCAGAAGUACGAGGGAGUGCAGUCCAAAGUCAUGGCCCAGCUGCAGCAGUUUCAGGCAGACACCCCCCCCUUUGAUGAGGAGAUGUCUCCCCCCAGGAAGCCGGAGUGUCAGAAUUACCUGAAGGCGCACUCCCUCUGCGGAUCAGGGGUGCAGCCCAAGCGCUCUCCGUCCCCGAGCCCCCCAAAAUCCAGCGGUGACGGCAGCCCCACGGCAGAGAUCCAGGUGAAAGGAACAAACAUCAACUUUGUGAGCCACAACGCGCGGAACGCCAGGCAGGCAGCGCUACGGCGCUCCAAGUCCCUGCAGUCUCUGUCCGAGGUGCUGGAGAACAAGAGGAGGGAGCAGCGGGAAUACGACUCCAACCAGAAGGGACGCGUCCCACAGUAUCUGCAAGAGCGGAGGGCUGAGUGGAAGCAGCAGGAAGAGGAGCGCCGGAGGAACCAGCCCGACCCGGCCAUGCCUCCCGGACACACCAGGAUGCCCGAGAGUGAGCGGCAGGGGACUCUCAACUCCCUCAAAACAACCCAGCAGGACCUGGUCCAGCAGCUGCUCCGGCUGCCUGUGAGAGCGGACACCCUGAGUGUGCAAACACGCCGCGCCGAGCUGGACAGCAAGCUCUCCGAGGUGGAGGAAGCCAUCAAGAUAUUCUCUCGACCCAAAGUGUUUGUGAAGGUCGACUCCUGAACCUGACAGGGGGCCGCGGGCAGCUGCGCAGCAGCGCGUCUGAGUCUGAGUCUGUCCUCAGCAACCAGAUCAGUUCUUUUAACUACUGCAGCCUCUACAGGGCACUGGGCCGCUCUGAGCAGCUCUGGACAAACGUUUUGCAUCACCGAGAAAUAAUUUGCAAAAGUCUACCAGAAGCCGUAAUAGUAGAACUGUAUUUCAUG